AUGGGUGCAGAAAGCAGAAGGUCGAUCAACUCGGCCGUUUCCAUCGUGCCCGAGGCGCAGGAAUACGAUUCUCGCCGGGUGGAAAGAAUCACCAGCCACGAGUUUCAGAGAGACCACCAGCCGCCGCUUGGACCCGACCACAGCAAUGUCGUCAUUGGCGAAUACGUCGAAAACGAGCCGUCUGUGGUUGAGUUUGGCAAAGAACACCUUUCGGACCCAGGGUCGCGGGUGGUUAAUUACUUUAUUUCGUUGUUCCCGAUUGCAAAGUGGAUUUUGCACUACAACCGGGUGUGGCUCUAUGGAGAUUUGGUUGCCGGAAUCACUGUUGGUGUUGUUUUGGUGCCGCAGUCCAUGUCGUAUGCGCAGUUGGCUGGGCUUCCAGCAGAGUUUGGUUUGUACUCUUCUUUUGUCGGUGUGUUCAUCUACUCGUUUUUCGCCACGUCCAAAGACGUUUCGAUCGGGCCUGUGGCUGUCAUGUCUUUGCAGGUGGGCAAGGUCAUUGCCAAGGUGCAAGGCAAAGUGGGCAACAAGUUUGCGCCCGAGGAAAUCGCCACGUUUUUGUCUUUGAUUUGCGGUGGCAUUGCUGCUGGAAUCGGCUUGUUGCGUAUUGGUUUCAUUCUUGAGUUCAUUUCCAUGCCUGCCGUGAUGGGUUUCAUGUCGGGAUCUGCCUUUAAUAUCAUCACCGGCCAAGUGCCUGCUUUGAUGGGAUACAACUCUGCCGUGAACUCGAAAAAAUCCUCCUACUACACUGUGGUGCACACCUUGAAGAACCUUGGCAAGACGAACGUCAAUGCCGCUUUCGGUCUUGUGCCUUUGUUUAUUCUCUACUUGUGGAAGUUCUCGUGUGACUACUUUGGCAAGCGCUACCCUAAGAAAAAAAUGUGGUUCUUUUAUAUCCAGCAGUUGCGUAAUGCCAUUGUCAUUAUCGUUGCCACAGCUAUUGCUUGGGGCAUUGUGCAUCCAGAGGUUAAAAGAUUCAAUGGCCCACUCAGCAAAUUCAAGUCGGACGUGAAGACCAUUGGUGUGGUGCCUUCCGGUUUGAAGCAUGUUGGUGUGAUGAAUAUUCCCGAUGGAAUCAUCGAUUCCAUGGCAUCAGAAAUUCCUGUCUCCACCAUCAUUUUGUUGUUGGAGCACAUUGCCAUUUCGAAAUCUUUUGGCCGUAUCAACGACUACAAAGUUGUUCCAGAUCAGGAGUUGAUUGCUAUCGGUGUGAACAACUUGAUUGGCACAUUUUUCAAUGCUUAUCCAGCAACAGGUUCUUUCUCUAGAUCCGCUUUGAAAGCAAAGUGUGGUGUCAGAACUCCGUUGGCUGGUAUCUUUACCGGUGCUGUGGUUUUGUUGGCGUUGUACUGUUUGACUGACGCUUUCUUCUACAUUCCAAAGGCUACAUUGUCCGCAGUCAUCAUCCAUGCUGUUUCUGACUUGCUUACACCCUGGCGUGCCACCUGGAACUUAUGGCAAGUGAGCCCACUCGACUGUGGUAUUUUCUUGAUUGCCGUUAUCAUCACCGUGUUCAGCUCGAUUGAAAACGGUAUCUACUUUGCCAUUGCUGCUUCUGCUGCUGUUCUUUUGUUCCGCGUUUCGAAGCCUCAAGGUCAAUUCUUGGGCAGAAUUCGUGUCGCCGAAGUGGUGAAUCCCGUGAUCCGCUUUAACGAAAACGAAUCGAACGUUUCCAGCGAGACCGAUGUUGAAAUUCAACAGGUUUUGUCCCGCGAUACUUAUCGCUCCACUUCAAUCAGCAAGGCUAAAGUCAAGGACGCCUUUGAAAAAUCUACGCUUCCAACCGCGGGCGAGUUGGCAAGCCAAAACCCAACCAUCAAGUUUCAUACGCGCUGGGUGCCUUUGGAUAAGAAUAAUUUCAACAAAGACGUGAAUGUUCUCCCGCCUCCGGAAGGUGUGGUUGUUUUCCGUCCCGUGGAAGCAUUCGUGUAUCCAAAUGCUUCAAGGCAAGUGGAUUUGAUCUCCGACGAGGUGAAGCGCCUUACGAGGCGGGGCAAACCGUACCAUUAUGAUUCCGCCGGUUCAAGGCCGUGGAACGAUCCGGGCCCGCUUAGAUGGAAGCUUCCUUUUGCCAAGGCAGACAAAGAAGUCGUCGUCCAAGAAGAAACAAGACCACUUUUGCGCAUUGUCCACCUCGAUUUUUCAUGCGUGCCAUCAAUAGAUACCACAUCUGUUCAGGCCUUGGUGGAUUUGCGCCGUGCAUUGAACAUUUACGCAGAUCGUGAAGUUGAAUUCCACUUUAGCGGAAUCAACUCACCUUGGAUCCGCAGAGCUUUAAUUCAAGCGGGCUUUGGCACGUAUGGUGACGAAUUUUUGGUCAGCGAAAGAACAUACGUGAACAUUGCUACUGUCGACGAACCAGAUUUGGAAGGCAAACCAUAUUUUGCUGCUGUGGGAACGAACACACCUUUUUUCCACUUAGAUAUUCCAGACUACCAGUGA